AUGCUUAUUCAUCAUGUCCUUUCCCCUUUCGAGCCGUCCUCGUCCCCUUUUCUGCCCAGCCUCGGCUCGGCUCAGCUUCGGCAGUUUGACACCGCCUUUUCGUCCUCGCUUCAACUUCAACUUCGCGCCACCUUUUUGCUUCUUAUCAUCAUCCUUUCAUCAGCAACUAGCAAAAGGAAGAAAAAGUAUGCAAGAUGGAGCGUCAAGAAGGCUACUCUAUAUGGAGUACCCCAUACUCCGUACAUGGACGAGUUACAUUUUAUCCUGACGAGCUAUUAUCUCUCAUGUGAGUUAUCAACAUCGCUUGCGUUACGGAGUAUUGGACUGGACCAAGAACGAUCCAAGGGUAAAAAGAAAGGAGAGAGGAAAGCCACCAAGCACAGCCCUUCGUCUUGGAUGGGAAUAGUCUCGAAGGGGGUCGGAGAAUUUGUCUCCAGUAGCGACGAAGCAUCAAUAUUGGCCCUGACUACUCUGUAUGGAGUCAUUCUCCAGCCUUGGAAGGGGUUCCAUUGCCUCGUAUAUGGAACGUUCCAUUCGAUCAUCCUCUCUUUCGGCAUCGCCAUCGUUGCAUGCAAGGCAAGGAGGUACAUCUUUCACUUCUCCAACAUGACGUUGCAGUUUCUUUCUUUCUCCCUUAGAAGAAGAAACAAGGCCUCCCAAGCUGCGCGACUGAUGGUUGAAUGGAUAAUAUUUUAA